AGCACUUGGAAAUUGACCAGCAGUCUGAGGACAAAUUCCAUUCCGAGGACGUGAAACACACGACCUCGGAAGUUUUUGUCAUAUUUUUAAUCUACAUGUCCAUAACAACAUCUUCCCAAGUUUUGGGCAAUGUCCACGAAUGCAUAGUAAAACAUGGUUAUUGGUGUUUGGAAGGUAACACAGUUUCGUCCAAAAAAGUUUGGAUUUUGCAAUAGCGCCAUCAGCGUGUAUUACGGCAGCUUACUGCCAGGAAGUGUGUUUGCGCGCGCCGCCAUACAAGGCAAUGCGCAGCGCAAUAUGCAUGCCCGCGCUGCGGCCGCCCCGGCGCUCUGAUCUUAGCAUAUUUGUAAUGUAUGCCACACGUGUUUUCCAAUUACGUGACCAGCGAGUGGAUCGUGAAGUUCCUGAUCCUGGUGUAAAAAUCUUCAUAUUUUCAACAAAUACCGGUACGGUACCUGAUUGAUAUUGUACACAAGGGGGGUUAAAAUAAAGAUAUCGCUAUUUUCUACAAUUAAGGACACUGGAUUUCAAUUGCAGGACGGCCAUCCUGGCCUGGUGAAGUUGAAGAAAGACUGGAUCUCCGAAGUUCGAUCAGACGAAGUCGUCGUGACGUGUUCAUUCUGCCCGCCAAAGUGUAACUCACGGUGCAACACACAUUGUUUCACUCUCUGGGAAAACUCUGCAUUGAUUUGGCCAUUUUCCCUCAAAGUUAGCUUCUAGAUUCUCAAACCAGUUACACAAUAAAUUCCAUCCUUUUAUAGGGAAAUGUGCAAAAGUCAAGCAACAAAACAUGUCCUCACAGCGCAUGAAAAGAGUGUCACCUCGUAACCAGCUCAGCAACCUUUUAGAGAAUGACCCCAGUUUCCUGGAAGUACGCUAUGUUAACGAUACUGUUGGGAAGGGUCUCUUUACUACUGAGGCAAUAAUAAAGGGGCAGUAUGUCGGCGAAUAUAAAGGAAGACAUUUAAGUGGGAAGGAACUUGACGAAUUAACAAAUGAAACGUACCUAUAUGUCUACCGACUUAAUGGCAAACUACAUGGCAUUGAUGCAAGUGAUGAAGCGUUAAGUGGAAUACUUCGAUAUGCCAAUGAUGAGUGGAGAAGUCCGAAUACACGAAUGGAGAAAGUAAUGAUAGAGGGAAAAUCUUUCUUGUUCCUAAAGACUAUUUGCGAUAUUCCAGCAAACACAGAACUGAGAUAUGAUUAUAAUUUUCCAGACUCACCAUGGAGAGAGAGCAUCCUAGAAGAAGAAUCUACUACCCCAGCCAGUACUGAAAUGUCAAAUGGUAGAGAAGAGAAUGGAGAAGUGUCGGAGUUAGAACAUCACGCACAAGAUCUACCAGUGCAUAGCAUCCUAGAAGAAGAAUCUACUACCCCAGCCAGUACUGAAAUGUCAAAUGGUAGAGAAGAGAAUGGAGAAGUGUCGGAGUUAGAACAUCACGCACAAGAUCUACCAGUGCAUAGCAUCCUAGAAGAAGAAUCUGCUACCACAGCCAGUACUGAAAUGUCAAAUGGUAGAGAAGAGAAUGGAGAAGUGUCGGAGUUAGAACAUCACGCACAAGAUCUACCAGUGCAUAGCAUCCUAGAAGAAGAAUCUACUACCCCAGCCAGUACUGAAAUGUCAAAUGGUAGAGAAGAGAAUGGAGAAGUGUCGGAGUUAGAACAUCACGCACAAGAUCUACCAGUGCAUAGCAUCCUAGAAGAAGAAUCUGCUACCACAGCCAGUACUGAAAUGUCAAAUGGUAGAGAAGAGAAUGGAGAAGUGUCGGAGUUAGAACAUCACGCACAAGAUCUACCAGUGCAUAGCAUCCUAGAAGAAGAAUCUGCUACCACAGCCAGUACUGAAAUGUCAAAUGGUAGAAGAGGUAAUCAUACACACUUUUGUUCUCUUUUAUUUUACCUGGUAUGUGUUUUAAAUUUACAGUAAUAUAGUACCUGCUAUUUCUCAUACACUGUAGAGACUCAUUUCUGUGCUUUUCU